UAAUUAAACAAAAAUUGUUAGAAGAAAAAUCCUUAUAAAUUUCUAAAUUGUGGCAAUAAAAUCACACACAUUUAAACGCAUACGCCUUACGAUCCGAAAUAGAUAUACGGCUGAGUAAUAAAUAUUGGACUAAGCUUGUUUGCUUUCGCCAAUUUCGCCUAAUGACAGAAGUUUUUAUACUUUCUCUUGCUCAUACUAUCAGUUACUGCUGCCAUCAUCUUUUUUAAUGAUGAUAUCAUAAGGAGAACUAUGUAUACAUUUGUUGUAUGGAAGGAAAAUUACAGUUUUUAACUUUAUAACAUUUUCACCUCUGCCGUAUGGUGCGUUGCUUUGUUGAAACCACAUGCCGGAGGCGUCAAACUUUUACAAUGCGUACCAAAUUGAAAAUGAGAAGAAAUGAUGAUAGCAUGGCUAGUUUAAAUAAUAGCAACGGUGUAGGAGGAGGAGGUAGUGCUACGAACACAAAUGUCAGUCACGAACCACGACGUCAAGUGCAUUUGUGGUGGGGUCAACGUUUAUGGCAAGCCCUCAGAGGUCGCAUACAUAUGCGGACACCACCUCCAACCACACCCGACGACGAUAUGGCGACAACAGCAGCAGUGGGGGGUCUUGAUGAGAGCGAGAAACGCGUCAUAUUCAUAAACCGGCCACAAAUAGGGAAAUUCUGCAACAACCAUAUAUCUACAGCCAAAUACAGUGUUGUAAGCUUUUUACCUUCGUUUCUUUUUGAACAAUUUCGCAGAUAUGCAAAUUGUUUUUUUCUUUUAAUUGCCAUACUGCAACAAAUACCGGAUGUAUCCCCCACGGGACGUUUCACUACAUUAGUACCUUUAAUACUAAUUUUAGCCGUGAGUGGAAUUAAAGAAAUUAUCGAAGAUGUGAAAAGACAUAGGGCGGAUAAUGAGAUCAAUCACCGUUCAGUAGAGCAUUUGACCAAUGGAAUAUGGUUGACAAUACGUUGGGAGCAACUCCAAGUGGGAACCAUUGUUAAGAUACCCAAUAACACUUUCUUUCCGGCUGAUCUAAUACUACUGUCGUCUAGUGAACCGCAGGGCAUGUGUUUCAUAGAAACAUCCAAUUUAGAUGGAGAAACCAAUUUGAAAAUACGCCAAGGCGUUCCAGCUACAGCUAAACUACUCGAAACUAAAGAUUUAUUGGAAUUGGAUGGUACUGUGGAAUGUGAACAGCCUAAUCGAAUGUUAUACGAAUUUAAUGGUGUAUUGAAAGAACACGAAAAGCAAAGCGUAGCAUUAGGUCCAGAUCAAAUUUUACAGAGGGGAGCUGUUUUACGCAAUACGUCUUGGAUUUUCGGUAUGGUCGUUUACACUGGUCAUGAGACUAAGCUAAUGAAGAACUCUACGUCAGCCCCUUUGAAAAGAUCGACGGUGGAUCGGCUAAUCAAUACCCAAAUACUUAUGCUGUUUAUGAUUUUGCUGGGUUUAUGUUUAACUAGUGCCAUUUUCAAUUUCAUUUGGACUCGCAAUUAUUUUGAAAAAUAUUGGUAUUUGGGCUUAACCGAUUUCAAGAGUCGAAAUUUUGGAUAUAAUCUUUUAACGUUUAUUAUACUCUUUAAUAAUCUGAUACCGAUCUCAUUGCAAGUCACUUUAGAGCUGGUUCGAUUUUUGCAAGCUCAUUUCAUUAAUUACGAUAUGCAAAUGUAUCAUUCUGACUCUGAUACGCCAUCUGUAGCUCGUACAUCUAAUCUAAAUGAAGAACUGGGUAUGGUCAAGUAUAUAUUUUCUGAUAAAACUGGUACUUUAACACGCAACGAAAUGGUGUUUCGCAAAUGCUCCAUAGCUAACCUUGUCUACCAAACCGAAAAUACGCCAGAACAAAGUUUGGUGGUACAGCAUCUCUUAAGCCAACACGAUAACGCUGCCAUCAUUAAAGAAUUCUUAGUACUUUUAUCCGUGUGUCAUACUGUUAUACCGGAAAAAAACCCGGACGGUUCUAUUACUUAUCAUGCAGCUAGUCCCGACGAACGCGCUCUAGUAGAAGGGGCUAAGCUUUUCGGGUAUGUGUUCGAAACGCGCACUCCACAUCACGUCGAAAUAAACGCUUUGGGAGAAAAAGAGCAAUAUGAAAUUUUAAACGUUUUAGAAUUUACUUCGGUUCGCAAACGAAUGUCGGCUAUAGUAAGAACACCUGAAGGCGAAAUCAAAUUGUUCUGCAAAGGAGCUGACAGUGUAAUUUAUGAGCGUUUGGCUCAGGAUGGCCAAGCAUUUCGUGAUGUUACGUUAACCCAUUUAGAAGAAUUCGCCGUUGAAGGAUUGCGUACCCUCUGCUGUGCAGUGGCGGUUAUACCUGAGGACGUUUACAACGAUUGGCAAACUACUUAUCACAAAGCCUCCACAUCAAUAACCGACAGAGAAAGUAAAGUGGCAGAAGCUGCCAAUCUUAUAGAAAACAAUCUUACGCUUCUGGGGGCCACCGCGAUAGAAGACAAACUACACGAGGGUGUGCCCGAAACCAUAGCAUCUCUUUUGGAAGCAGGCAUAUUCAUAUGGGUUUUGACUGGCGACAAACAAGAAACCGCCAUUAAUAUUGGGCAUUCCUGUCGUUUGAUUUCGCCCACAAUGGACAUUGUUAUACUUAACGAAGAGAGCUUAGAUGCAACUCGUGAAGUUAUCCAUCGGCAUUCUAGUGAAUUGCAAACUAAUACUAACAAAAAUUGCAAUGUUGCUCUAGUGAUUGAUGGGAAAACCUUAAAAUAUGCUUUAAGCUGUGAUCUCAGACGUGAGUUCCAAGAACUAUGCACUGGCUGUCGAGUAGUAAUCUGCUGUCGAGUUUCACCCAUACAAAAAGCAGAAAUCGUCGAAAUGAUUACCACCUCAACAAGGGCUGUUACAUUGGCAAUUGGUGACGGAGCCAAUGAUGUUGCUAUGAUUCAAAAAGCUAAUGUAGGCGUAGGCAUUUCCGGUGUAGAAGGCUUGCAAGCUUCCUGCGCCUCCGAUUAUUCUAUCGCGCAGUUUCGUUUCUUAAAACGGCUGCUAUUAGUGCAUGGUGCUUGGAAUUAUCGACGUAUUACCAAAUUGAUAUUAUACUCGUUCUAUAAGAACGUCUGCCUUUAUGUUAUCGAAUUAUGGUUUGCUAUAUAUUCAGGUUGGUCGGGCCAAAUUUUAUUUGAACGCUGGAUUAUAGGUCUAUACAAUGUGAUGUUCACCGCAUUUCCUCCUAUGGCGAUUGGUAUCUUUGAGAAAGUCUGCUCAGCCGAAACUAUGCUGAAAUAUCCGCUGCUUUACAAGCCAUCGCAAAAUGCCAAACUAUUUAAUGUGAAAGUGUUCUGGGUGUGGAUUAUGAAUGCUCUACUCCAUUCCAUUAUUCUUUUCUGGAUGCCACUGUUGGCUUGCCAAAAGGAGACAUUAUGGCUUCACGGUAAAACGGCUGACUACUUACUGCUUGGCAAUCAUGUCUAUACAUAUGUAAUUGUAACGGUAUGUUUGAAAGCUGGUCUUUCAACUAAUUCGUGGACAUGGCUAACGCAUGCCUCUAUUUGGGGUUCGAUAGCGUUAUGGUUUCUUUACAUCAUCAUAUAUAGUAAAUUUUGGCCAUUUCUCCCGUUGGCUGCCAAUUUUGCUGGAAUGGAUCGCAUUCUCUUCAGCACGCCUGUAUUUUGGUUAGGUCUAAUCCUAAUACCGAUAACCACCCUGUUAGCAGACGUCCUGUUUAAGUUGGUACAAAACACUGUUUUUAAAUCCCUAACGGAAGCUGUACGCGAAUCAGAAAUAAGACAACGCGAUCCAGAUGACGUUAUGAACGAAACGAGAUCCUCAUUCACAGAGACAGCCAGACUUUUACGUAACGUAUUUGUUAGACGUGCCACCACACGGGUUGAUAUCGAUGUUGAAUUGUCACAUGGUUACGCCUUCUCCCAGGAAGAGGGUGGUGCUGUUUCGCAAUCAACUAUAAUACGCUCGUAUGAUACAAAUUUGCAAAAACCGCGGGGCGACUAGAAACGCAAACAGUAUUGGGCAAGACAAAAAUUCUAAUAUAAAAUCCAACCAAUCGACAAAAAAAAAAAAAAUGCAAAAAUCUUUUUAAAUAGCAAAUUAACUAGUAACGAAUCGAAUUAAAUUUAGAAUUUCUCUCUUUAGAAACGAUUUUCUACUCCGAGCAUCGAAAUCGAAAAAGUCCGUAUUUAAAUUUUACGUGAAUUAGAAAAACCAAUCUUUUUCUUAUUUUCCAAGUUUUUCAUCUCUGUUCUGAUUUACUGUUUUUGUACUUUUACUGCAAACGUUUGGAUUCAUUAGCAAAAAGGGAUGAAUGAAUGCCUGGGGAACUAAUUCUAAUUGAUAUUUAAGUUAUUAUAGUUUGUCGUUAUUAUAUACAACGAUACAACGAAACUUUGUUCUGCUAUAAGCCUACAAUUAGAUAAAAUUAUUUAACUUUUCUUUUUGAAGAUAAGACACUCUCUUAUUUUGUCUAAUGGUGCCGACUAAGGAAGUUUUUUUCUUUAUUAGUUUUGUUGCUAAUGACAAACUUGUAAAGAAAUUAUCUGUUGUAACUAUUCUUCCGCAACUAAUGUAUGGAUCUAUAAGUUUUAGGACAACAAAUUUACCUAAAGAUACGGAUAAUCUCAUUUGGUCUUUUCCUAGGUAGGGAAAUCCAUUUACAACAUAUUUACUUUUUACAUCCGACGACAAGCAGAAUUUUAUGCCAAACUUAUUUGGCUUUUUUGGCAUGUACUCCGUAAAUCUACAUCUGGCCUUGGUCGGGAAUAACUGCUCAUCAACUGUAAUGAUAGCAUCUGGUUUACAACACAUUUGAUUGUUGUUGAAUUUAUUCCACACCUCUGAAACUAAUGCAAAUUUAUCCGUUCACGGAUAUACGACGAGGGACCAACCACAUUUUCAAAUCAAAUGCUUUUGCUUUUGCCAUUACCUGCUAAAAUUUUACAUUUUCUCUAAAGCUUCAGCAAAUUAUAAUAAUACGAUGUAUGAUGAGUCAUCGAUAGAAAAGAUUUCUAAUAGAAAAGAGACGUUAAUGUCAUUCUUUGUAGAAUUCCGUUGUUUUCUUUUCUUUUUUUUUUUUGUCAUUACAUUGUACAAUUUUCAUAAUUUUAGUUUAGUGGAUUCUUAGAUCGAAAAAUUCCGUAAGAACGUAGAUGAAUUCGCCAUUUAUAUCUUCGAUAUGGAAGACAAGCUGUUUCUUGUGUGAAAGAGAUAAACGAACAAAGGAUACAAACUUCCAUUUAGUCCUUCGGGGGGUCUUUAAUUUAUUUAAAAUAUAUGAAAAAAGCUUUACGACCUUUUCGGUACUUACAACACUGCCAAUCUUGACGAACUGAUUUCUUUCACUAAGAUGGCUAUUUUCUCACUUUGAUUAACUCGAAGUUUUCUUUAAUAUUUAUUAUUGUUAUAAUAUCAUCAUCAUCAUUUAUCUUUUCACGAUUUCUUCCAAUCGCUUUCUGCCAAUUAAUGUAAUCUUUAAUUAGCUAAAGCUUGAUUUCUUUAGCGUUGGCGGUUAUGUUGUGAAAUAUGCGACGCUCGCUUGGUCAAUUUCCUGAACAUAACUAAGAGAAGAGUGCUUCGAAAUAAGUACUGCAUAUUGGUGCAAAGGUUUUUGACUUAUCUUGGUUCGCAGAAAAUCUCUAGAAUCAUCAACUAGCUGUAUCUGAAGCCUUAUACUUGAAAGGCCUUUCGACGUGUGUGCACAUAUAUAUAUAUAUACCUAUAUAAAUUGUUUGAUAUAUAUAUAUAUAUAUAUAUGUAAAAUACGAUUAGAGUGCUAGAAUUUUUAUUAAUUAAUAAUAGAAGCGAGGUCAUUUGAGAACUGUCUUGAAUACAUUGAUUUUAUCUAUCCUCUUUUUGUUUUUGCUUGCAAUAAAUUUUUAUUUACAUCCUUAUCAGAAUUUUUAAAUCUAUGUAUUCUUUAUUGACAUCCUUAUUAGAAUUUUUAUGUUCUUUAGUUAAGCAAAAGUGGCAUUACUCACUAUAAUGAAUCAGUGCAAACAUUAAAUUUCUUGGAGUGAGGAACAUUCUUGCUUUGAAAUACUUUUCAUUGCCGCAAUUUUAGAAAUUUUUUAAUUCUAUUUGAAACCUUUUUUCUUUCAAUUGUUCUAUCCUUUCUCACGGUGACCACAUUUUUAUAUAACUAAUUGGAGCGACAACAUUUGUGCGGGGAUGAUGAAAGUAAACUUUAACUUUUAGUCUACAGCGAUUGAGGCAAACAUAUUCAGCUUGAUUAACGGAACAGAAGUACAUUUACACUAAAAACGGUAGGCUUGUGCACAUAUCACUUUCAACAUCUUUUCUCGUAAUGUAGCCUAAUCGCUAAGCAAAAAAAAGUAUUUUGAAAGAGUGUAUGUAGCUGCCUUUAAUGAACCGACAUGUCGAACUGUGCAAAGUGAUUUCCGUUAACACCUCCCUUCAGGUUUCGCACUCAAUGUUGUAAGGCCUAUGAAAUAUUUUCUUUGCCUCUUCGUUAACUUUAGGUAUAUCAAGUGCAACAACAUAAUUCCCAGGAGAAUAUUUCUGAUUUGCUUUCUUUUAAGCCAAGAUUAGACUAGCUCUAAAAAAGUAGGUAAAACUCUAUUAAAGCAGCAAUCGAAUUCGAUUUCAAAAAAGAAGAAAGUGAGCGUACCAUAACUUUAGCAACACAUAUAUAGCUGGCUAUGUUGCAACGACAGUGAGAAAUAUGGUCUUUGGAAAAGGUACACUAAUUACUAAUUUGCGGAAAAAUGUUUGCAAAUCUUUUAAACGAUAUUGUUUUACUCGCAGAGCAAUCGGUGGAAUGGCCCUAAAGACGUUUUCUCUAAGCAUAUACUAGCAAGAAAGAGAAAGCUACAAUAUAAGCAAGAAAUCAGCAUUGAUAGUUCCCCAAAUAAAAG